AUUCCUCGAAGCAGAGAGCCCGCCAGGGUUUUACAGGCAGUAUUCUUGGUUUUCACUCUUUGUUUCUUCCAGCCGAUGGCAAUGGCUUCUCUAUCCAAUCCUCUCACCGCUCUUCCUCAUUCCAGACUAGAAAAUCCUCUCCUCAAUCAACUUCGAGGCAUUCCAUCUCUCCAUUUCAAGAGAUCUUCUCUAGUCGUGAGAAGAAGUGCAGUUUCUCUCCCUCCUACUGUCUGCAAAGCAGUCUCGGUCAAGCCCCAAACAGAGAUUGAAGGACUCAACAUCGCUGAAGAUGUCACGCAGCUUAUAGGGAAGACACCAAUGGUGUAUCUAAAUAAUAUUGUGAAAGGUUCUGUUGCAAAUAUCGCUGCCAAGCUUGAGAUCAUGGAGCCGUGCUGCAGUGUCAAGGACAGGAUAGGUUACAGUAUGAUAUCUGAUGCCGAACAGAAGGGUCUUAUCACACCUGGAAAGAGUGUUUUGGUCGAACCAACGAGCGGAAAUACGGGAAUCGGUCUUGCAUUCAUUGCCGCGUCAAAAGGAUAUAAGCUGAUCUUAACAAUGCCUGCAUCAAUGAGCAUGGAGAGGCGAGUACUGUUGAAGGCAUUUGGAGCGGAGCUUGUUCUUACGGAUGCAGCUAAGGGCAUGAAAGGAGCAGUUCAAAAGGCUGAAGAGAUUUUGAAGAAAACACCCAAUGCAUACAUGCUCCAGCAAUUUGACAACCCUGCAAAUCCUAAGGUACACUAUGAAACAACUGGUCCGGAAAUCUGGGAAGAUACAAGCGGCAAGGUGGAUAUAUUUGUUGCAGGGAUUGGAACUGGUGGAACUAUUACUGGUGUCGGUCGUUUUCUGAAAAACAAAAAUCCUAACAUAAAGGUUAUUGGUCUGGAGCCUUUGGAAAGCAACAUACUAUCCGGUGGAAAGCCUGGUCCACAUAAGAUUCAAGGUAUUGGAGCAGGCUUUGUUCCAAGGAAUUUAGACCUUGAAGUUGUUGAUGAAGUCCUAGAGAUAUCAAGUGAUGAAGCUGUUGAGACUGCAAAGCAAUUGGCACUCCAAGAAGGCUUGUUGGUUGGUAUUUCUUCUGGAGCAGCAGCUUCUGCGGCUAUGAAGGUUGCAAGGAGACCUGAAAAUGCAGGCAAGCUUAUAGUGGUUGUGUUCCCGAGCUUUGGUGAAAGGUAUCUCUCCUCUGUUCUUUUCCAGUCGAUAAGAGAGGAAUGCGAGAAAAUGCAGCCUGAGCCAUGAAAAUCAUUCAAAUGGGCCAUUAUGUGUCCAAAAAAGAAAAAAGAAAAGAAGAAAAGAAGGGUCAUGGUGUUUUUUUUCUUUCGGCUUUUCGUUUAAUCAAUUGUCCUAUUUGGUACAUUGAUUAGUGGAUUUAUUUAUGGGUAUGACUUGAUACCGAAUAAGAUGUAUUGUUGAGGCUGUUUUACACAAUAAUUCCAUCCCUCA